CUUCCGUCCACCCCCCGAACAUACACAGCCGCCCACCGACCUCAAGAAAACCAACGAUCGCAAGGUGAGUUCGUCCUGAAUUCAGAUGCGACUGGGUCAACUUCCAGGGUGUUGGUAUCUAUGUUCCUGGAAGAAAUUUGGCGAGGAUUGGACCCCUGGAUGGUGAUGGAUUGACUACCCGCAUCGAGGAUGUCUCAAUAUCGAAUGAAGUAACUGACUUCGCACGUAGAUGCGGGACGUCCUCCAAACUGAAGAACUCGAGGUCCCUGAGGGUAUUACCAUUGAAAUCAAGUCACGCGUUAUCAAAGUCACUGGCCCACGGGGUACCCUUACGAAGAAUGUCCGUCACGUCGAUAUGGAUAUUCGGGUGUUGAAGACCAAGAAGAGCAGCAAGGUCACUCUCGCGGUGUGGCAAGGUGGGCGCAAGCAUGUCGCAUGUCUACGGACAAUCCGAAGCUUGAUUAACAAUAUGGUCAUUGGUGUGACUAAGGGCUUCCUCUACAAAAUGCGUGCUGUAUACGCCCAUUUUCCGAUCAAUGCUAUCAUCCAAGAUAGUGGAAACGCCAUCGAGAUCCGUAACUUCCUGGGAGAGAAAACUGUACGACACGUAAAGAUGCUCGGCGGAGUUAAUAUUUCAGAGUCCAAGGCUCAAAAAGACGAGCUUAUCCUCGAGGGUAAUGAUAUUGAGAAUGUUUCGCAAUCAGCCGCCUCCAUUCAGGGUGCUUGCCGCGUACGGAACAAGGAUAUCCGUAAAUUCUUGGAUGGUAUCUACGUAUCCGACCGCACGACCAUCACUCAGGAGUAGACGGGUUGUGGUUUGUAAGGGAAGCUGGGCAUUAUACAAAAUUCCAUGUCACGUAUGCAUUAAUCUCCAUCAACCCUAUGUUCUACGCAAGACAUUCUACUACUGAUCGAGACCUUUGCAAGAGUCGAAGACCAUCGAUAGGGUACAGAACAAACUCUGAUUUUUCAAACUACAUGAGAAUCCGAGGUGUCCUCUCGAUGAGCCACUCUACCUAUAUAUUCUACGAAGUCGACCAUGUAUCAAAAGAUAAGGAAGUGGCUUGGACCUACCUAUGACAUAGGAACACCCUGGAAGUAUUGGCC